UUCGGGCUGCGCUAGCUGUUUGCUGCGGUCCACGGUCGUGGUACUCUCCUUCUAAGAAGAUUUUGUGACUAGGGUACUUUGUACAUGUGAUGCAUCCACUUAGAGGAGGCCAACGAGCUGACAAAACUACCAAGGUGAAAGGUUGGAAAACUCUUGCAAGAGUAUGGCCCCAUAGAGGAACGGAUGAUCAAACAUACACUUCUUCAAGAAAUGCAAAUUAUCAGGCAAACUUCAAGCAAACCCAGGUCCGUGACUGUUUCACAUGAGCUCUACAUCUCAGAACACACUUCUAGCAGCAAAAAAAACAAGACGUACAACUCUGUUCUCUCAAGUGACCCUCCAUUCUUAACUCUUUGCAGUGGCCAGACUCUCUGUGAUGCACCAACUACAAAGCCACGAGUGCAAAGCAAAGACCGCAAAAGAAAAAAUGGAUUUACAUCCUCUCUGGAUGGAGUUUCUGGUCAAUCUAGGCGAUCCAAGAGACACUUUUGUUGUAAUUUAAAGUUCUGGAUGUGGAGGAUGUGGUGGAGAUCGAAGCGGCAUUUCUGGAUUUUCAAAGACAAGAAACAAGCGAAAGUCAGACGUAGUGUGGUUUGUUCCAGCACAUGUUCUGACCCUAACUUCAAGAUACCAUCACAGAGACACAAAGGGAAGUUUCAGAAGCACCACACACAGAACCAAGAGCGGUUACAAGAAAAAAAGUCUGCUCUAGCUGUUGGUUGUGACAUUCAAGGAGGCUUGGUGGACAUGCUGGAAAAGGAGCAAUCCUUCCCAAUGUUGUGCAAACUUACCAGUCCAUUAGAACCAUGUACUCAUAUCAGCCAGCUUUGUAACCACGAUGCAGACAGAAAUAAUGGGGAGGAUAACAUUAAUCAAAACAUGCUUAGGAAGUCAUCGCCAUCUCAAAGACUUACAAAAGGAGGUGCUGUCCAUCUGUGUGGACUUGCUAACAAAGACGGUGGUCUUGAUGAAGUAAUCACCAUUCAAAAGAUGCCAAAGAAGUUAUUGCCAUCUAAAGGGCAUGAUAGUCAGGAACAGCAUGAACCUGUUGGAUCACCAGAACAAAGUACAAUGGCUUCAUGUCAGGAACAAUGUUCCAACAAAGAUGUCAGUGGGGACAUUACCAGGAAAAAUAUAUUAAAAAGAAAAAUGUCUUUUCAAAGGAAGCAUCAAAAUGAUGUCAGCCUUAAAGCACUGACAAGGGAGAUCCAUGAAUUUCUCGAUGGCUUCUAUAAAAUACAUGGAAGUUUCAUUCCACUGGAGAAGACUGAUGUAUUUAGACACUUGAAGAAGAAGUUUAACACUGACUUCAGUAAGAGUACAAAACAACAGGUCUUAUCAGAAGUCAUAAGCUACCAAACUUCAGUGGCACAGACAUCGGUUCCUUCCUUCCAAGUAGUCUACAAGAAGCACACGCUCACCCUGGACGAUUUAUCAACACUAGCAGAUCAGAACUGGCUCAAUGAUCAGGUAAUUAACAUGUAUGGAGAGAUGAUUGUGGAAUCUACUCAUCAGAAGGUCCAUUUUCUCAACAGCUUCUUCCACCGACAGCUUGUGACCAAAGGAUAUGAGGGAGUGAGGAGAUGGACAAAACAGGUGGAUUUGUUUUCCAAGAGCCUGCUGCUGGUGCCCAUACACCUGGAGGUUCACUGGUGUCUUGUCACCGUUGACACUGCCAAUAAGAAGGUUGUCCUCUAUGAUUCCCAAGGCAUGAAGUUCCAGAAUAUAGCAACGGAUAUCCUGAAAUACUUGAUAACAGAGGCAAAGGAGAAGCAACAAACAUUUCAAAGUGGCUGGAAGGUAUCAGUUAAAGAGGGAAUUCCACAACAGACCAAUGAAAAUGACUGUGGUGUUUUCGUCUUGGAGUAUUGUAGGUGCCUUGCCUUGGCGAAACCUCUCAAUUUCUCACAGAGGGAAAUACCAAGGGUACGAAAGAGAAUCUACAAAGAGCUCUGUGAAUGUAAGCUCCAUAAGUAAGAUUGGUCGAGUGCAUCCCAUAUUAAAUCUCCACCACUUACGUUAAAGUAAUACCAGCAUAUGUCUAUUAGGAUUAAUGUAGGGAGGUCAUCACCCCUCGGUUUUGUUUUUUUGUGGCUGAAAGACAAACCAUAUCCACUGUUGUUUUCCACAUAUUGGAUGCCUUGCUGUACUCUGAAGAACAUACAUUGAUUCAUUGAUUCUUUAUUUACACAUGAAAAAUUAAAAAAAGAUACAAUAUGUAAUUGGAAACAAAAUGUGAAGGAAAACUGCAUAAAAACCCUCGAGGGACAUUUGCAGUAUGGGAACUCCAGUGGAAAAUAAUGACAAGAUGUUCAUGGAUCAGUCAGUCAGUUAUGAACUGGGUUGUUAUUUAUUACAUUCUUACCAUAACUUUAAACAGUUAUUGAAGGUGGCAAAGCACCACCAGAGCUUUGUGUGUGUGUGUGUGUGUGUGUGUGUGUGUGUGUGAUUCAGAUUUUUGUCCUAUUCCCCACAAUAAAACCUAAAUCUACUUUCUGUUGAUGUAAUCGUGCAUAUUUUUCAACAUCGUUUCUUGUGAGAAAAUGGAAGCUGCAUGUGUUUCGCAGUAGUUAUCGACUUGAAAAGAGGAAAGUUGUUGGAACAAAUGUCCAAAAAAUAUUAUUACUAACAGCUAUUGCUGUUUUAUGUUUGUUGUAGUACAGUGUGUAUAACAUUGCCAGCCAAAAUGGGGAAUGCUAAAAUAAAAACUUAAUUUUAAAACAGAA